CUCCUACGGCCGGUCUACAUGCAAAAAACGCAAGAAAUGCACGGAGGGCGCGCGUGUGACGUGCUGAUUUUCGAGCCGUAGACCGGCCACAGAGGUUCUUUGUCAUGUCAAACAAACUCUACGGGUGCUUACGUUUUUUUCAGGUUGCAAGACAAACUUACGGCCAGCGCGCAUCUUUCUCCACGAACAAAAAAAAUGCAGCGAUUUGGGAAACGCCAAAAAUCGCACGGCCAAAAAAUCGUACGUCCGGUUGUGACCUAGGCUUUACAUACUGAAGACAAGCGAUCUUGAAAAUGUCAGACAUCUGUAGUUCGAAGAAAGCCACGGCUAAAAACAGCUUUAUUACCGGGUUACUUGGAUAAUCUCAGUUAGAAAGACGCAAAGGAUCGAUAUACGUGGAAAUUAGGGUUUAUUAGCGGUUAUUCAUGGAGCCAUACAAAAUUCCUUAAAACAUUUGGCGUGACGAUGUAGAUUUGUGGCUUAGCGUUACCGACAUAGAUGUUGGAGUGUGCCUUCUCGCUGCAUUUUCUCUGUUUUAAUAGCAAUGAAAAAGCUAACGUAUUAUUUGCUGGAGAAGAAGAGCAGGGAGGAUUGGGAAUCGAGCUGCUGUGGUUUGUUUACACCCCAUACUAAAAGUUGUAGCGUCCUAGCAACCAUCACAAAGACACGUACAAAAAGCCCAGAAAUUCCUCCUUACCCGGGCAAAAACGAGACAGGAUUUAUCUUGUAGUGUCCUGAUCCACAGAUUUGUAACCCAGCCACAUAUAAAAAGUUGUAGAAUCUCUACCAGCAGCACCAGGUAGUUUGAGAUGUCAGGGAACUCAACGGAUGGAAGAUCAUUUUUCAACUGAUAGCGUUGCUGUAGCGGAUAACCAAUGGCGACUCAGUCGAUUGCAGAGCGCACCAUCUCGGAGAACAGCCUGGUGGUGCUGCUGCAGGGUCUGCACGGUCAGGUGACUACGGUGGAGCUGCGGGACGAGAGCACGGCCCGGGGUCGUGUCCUCAAUGUGGACGCCUUCAUGAAUGUGCGUCUGGAGGACGUCCUGUACCGGGACAGACGAGGGAACGUCUCGGAGAUGGCCGACCUGUUCGUGACCGGCCGUAACGUGCGCUACGUGCACAUUCCUGACCACAUGGACAUCGUCGAGACCGUCAAGACCCAGCUGGAGAAGAUCCACAGAGUGCGCUGCUUCACCGCGAAAGGGAGGAAGGAGUACAGCAAGAAGAAGAAAUGAGUUACGACAUGUUGGUGGAAAAAACUCUGACGAAUGAGAACAGAUUUCUUUAAAUACCUCAUGAUAUCGUGAACGUUGUGUCAUCGUCUCACGUCUGGAAAUUCUGCCUUCUGUAAGAAGGUUAUGUGCAAAUACAGAAACAUUGUGGAAA